UCUCUCUCUCUCUCUUUCCUCCUGCACUCCCCGCACAAAGAGAGGGAUGCAGCAUCCUCCUCAGGCCGUGCAUCAUCAGACCGAAGCGCUGAGAAAAACCGAAACAAAGCGUGGAUUAUAACACGAUGCUCCUGCCUCUUGUCGCUGCCAGGCUGGGAUCUGUCACGUUCAGGCCCAUCGCGCCUCGCGACGCAAAGGAUGUUGUUUUCACGUCCUUCUCGUUGUGGAGCCCGUGCGUGUAGCCGAUGACGUCAGUUAUUGGCUGAACAAUAAAACGAGAGGAGAGAAAAAUGCUACAAGGCUCAGAUAUUUUGGGGCACGAGAAGCCUCUGGUCAUCAGGAUAUCGUUUGCAUCUUGUGUCCUGGGCACAUUGUGCCUGCCACUGCUUGGACUAAUAACAUGUGUCUCCAUAUCCUCUCUUUUUCAUUUUGAAGAUGCUACUGGCACACAUUGCCAGGUUCCUAAUUACCUGCCGUCUAUUAGUGCCUCAAUAAGCCUGAGUCCAGAGUGCUACAUUUGGCGGUUCUGCAUUGGACUGCACUCUGCACCGAGGCUUCUGGUGGCCUUUACCUACUUCAGAUUUUACAAGACCCGCUUUACCGCCAGAGUCCCCGAAAGUCCACUCAGCUGCCUGAGCCUGGCUUUUUCCAUUUCUGAGAACCUUGGCCUCCUGCUGCUCACAUAUGUGUCAUCCACAGAGACAUACUUUGUGCAUAAGGAAGGUUUUGUCCUGUUCAUCGUGAGUUCUCUGAUCUACAUGCUGAUAACGUGUCGUCUGUGGAAGUCUAUUAAGAAGUAUUCAAUAAAUCCCGAGGAUGCCAAGUCUCAUCACUGGAAGAUGCGUUUCUUACUUCUCAAUGUGUGCUUCUGCAUUUUUGCUGGAUUCUUUUAUUGGAAACACAACAUGUACUGUGAAUCAGGAAGUUACACAUUUUUUGCCCUGUUUGAGUACCUUGUGGUCUUCUCCAAUAUGGCUUUCCAUCUGACAGCCGUAUGGGAUUUUAAGAGCCGGGAGAUUGUGAUCACUUCAGCCUCUGAGGAUAAAGACUUCUGACUAGACUUUCAAGGACUAAGUACUGAAAGUGCGACCACAGAACCCUCGGAUGAUCCCAGCAACGACCUGGUUCAAGAAGACUGGGAUGGUCUUUUCCACAUAUUUUCAUGAUGACAACUCUAAAGUGCUUUUGGAGCAAACAGAUGAGUUAUACUUACUGUAUAUGUGGCGUCUGGAAUUAUGCUUUUGCCUCAGUAUUUUACUCAUGGAUGCCUUCACAAACACACAGAUUUCUUGUGAUGUAAAAUGUCAAAUUUUGAACAAGUGGUCACAUGACAUGUGUCAGAUUUAAGGAAAUAUUGCUUGGUUUUGACUAUGAGAGGUAGUGUCAGGUAUUUGUCUUAAUAGAAUUUCAACAUUCCUAUAGAUUGCAAAUACUGCCAGGCUCAGAAACAUUGGCCUCUGACACUAUGUUGUGCAUCAUUCACCACCAUGAGGUGCAAUAAUAUAUAAAUAAAAUGAUCACACAUUGUUA